AUGAAGGCCAUAGUCGCUGGCGCUACAGGGACGCUUGGUCUGCGGAUCCUCAAGCGGCUGGUGCAGGAUGCGGAUGUGACCUCGAUUGUGACGCUGACGCGCCGCCGUCUGGAGCCUGGCGGUGAGUCGGCCAAGGUGACGCAGGUGGAUAUCGAAGACUUUCUCCAGGCAAAUGACGCGACCGACCGCCUCAUCGGUGAUGCUGACGUGUGCUACUGGUGCGUUUCCCUGACAAUGGAUCCGAGCGAAAUGAAGCGCGUCGUCGACGUAGUGACCAUCGGAGGCAUCAGACGUUUGCUGGAUGCACGCACUGUAGGCCGGCCCUUGCGGCUCGUCAUGCUUUCGGGCCACCACGUCAUCCACGCCCAAGACACGGCGCCCAAAGACGUUCCCAACAGGGACUUUCUCAUUUUGCGAGGACAGGCCGACGUGUUUGCGCUCGAAACAGCGCAGAAGCAGCCAGCGCUGCUCGAGACGUAUGUGGCCAAGAUCGGAGGCGUCGAGCGGCCCGAGCGGCCCCUUAGCGACGAGGCCAGACAGCGCAUGGCGCAGUUCAAGGUGCCCCUGAUUCAUGUCGAUGACCUGACCAGUGCUCUCGUCUUUGUGGGCAACGGAGGAAGGCAUAUCGCCGGGCAGCCCGCUACGGUGCUGUCCAACGACGACCUUCUUGCCUGUGGUAGACAGGCAUCGUCGGUCUAG